GCUAUAUGCUCUGCUCCUCCCCACGUGUCUGUACGAAGAACCGGAUUCAGAAACAUGGUAGCGCUCUGCCACUGUGUCAUAUUAAGUUAACUUCCAUGGAUCGGGACUGUGAGGACACAUAACGCCCUGCGAGACAGAAGAGACAAGCUGGGCUUGGAAGCUUCAGGAUUUGCAUGCCGUGCUGUGAGCGCUUCAGCGUAUCCGUUCUGCCAGGUUUAAGGCGAACUUUCCUCCUCGUCCCUCCACGAUGGCUAGCGGAGAGGAGGACGACCCUAUUAUACAAGAGAUCGAUGUAUAUCUUGCUAAAAGUCUUUCAGAAAAGCUGUACUUGUUUCAGUAUCCCGUGCGUCCCGCUACCAUGAACUAUGACGACAUGACCCAUCUAACAGCCAAAAUCAAACCCAAGCAGCAAAAGGUUGAAAUCGAGGUUGCGAUCGACACCGUGAGUCCGAACUAUUGCCGCAGCAAAGGGGAGCAGAUUGCGCUUAACGUGGAUGGAACUUCCCUGGAGGACUCCAGCACUUAUUCAAUUAAAAUGAUGGAUAAGCAAACAUUCUCAUCGAUUCAGGCGACGACGAAUACUAGUCGCUAUGCCGCUGCAGUAUUUCGUAAAGGGGAGCUCCAUCUCACACCACUGCAGGGCAUUCUGCAGAUGAGGCCCAGCUUUUCAUACCUGGAUAAAGCUGACAGUAAACACAAGGAAAGGGAGGCAGCUAACGAAGCUGGAGACUCUUCUCAGGAUGAGGCAGAGGACGAUGUCAAGCAGAUCACUGUGAGGUUUUCCAGACCGGAGUCCGAGCAGGCUCGUCAGCGGCGCAUCCAGUCCUACGAGUUCCUGCAGAAAAAACAAGCUGAAGAGCCAUGGGUCCAUUUACACUACCAUGGCCUAAAGGAUGGACGCUCCGAGCACGAACGUCAAUAUCUGUACUGCCAGGCCAUGGAUACCUCAGAGAACAUGGAGUUAGUGAAAACACCAAGUGAAUAUUUAGCCAUGCUUAUGCCACCACCAACAGAAGAAAAAGUGGUUAAACCAGUGGGACCCAGUAAUGUGCUUUCUAUGGCCCAGCUCCGUACAUUGCCUCUUGGAGAUCAGGUGAAGACCUUGAUGAAGAACGUCAAGGUCAUGCCGUUUGCCAAUCUGAUGGGGCUGCUUGCAUCAGGCACCGACUCGACCGCAGUACUGCGCUGCAUACAGCAGGUGGCGAUGCUCGUCCAGGGAAACUGGGUUGUCAAGAGCGACGUCUUAUAUCCCAAGUCAACCUGCAGUCCACACAGCGGCGUGCCCGCGGAGGUGCUCUGUAGGGGCCGUGACUUUGUGAUGUGGAGAUUUACAAACGAGCGCUCGUUGAUGAGAAAAGAGGUUGCUGCUAUCAUUAAGCUGCCUCCUGAGGAUGUGAAGGACUUUUUGGAGCAGAUGGCAAUUCCCAGAGCAAACCGAGGCUGGGAGUUCCUGUUGCCCACUGACCAUGAUUUUGUCAAGAAGCAUCCUGAUGUGGCUCAGAGACAGCACAUGCUCUGGCUAGGCAUCCAGAACAAGUUAGAAAAGGUUUUUAACUUCUCAAAGGAGGACUUCCUGCACAAAAAGGACACUCAGAUGGACUCGGUUCACGUUAGCGGUGAGCAGCGCUUAAGGGCGGCUCAAGAGAACGCACGGGAGCGGCAUGCCUCUUUACAGAAAGACCUGGAUGCCCGGAGGCUGAAGGCAUCCUCCACGUCUUCAGGCUCCGGCGGAACGAAUACGAUGUUUCAAAUUAAAGAAGAACCCAUGAGCGACUCUGAGGAGUCUAUGGACACGUCCAGUCCUGUUCUAAACGGUUCAAUCAACGGUUAUCCUUCAUCAGACUCCCUCACGGACCCCCAUAGUGAGUACGGGCCAACGCAGACCCCUAACCUGGAACUUCAGGACUUUGUACGGAGUACGUUUCGGAAACACUAUGUGCUGUGCCUCAGCGAGGUCAAACGGUUGUUCAAUCUGCACCUGGCCAGCCUUCCUACAGGACACGGCCGCUUCGGCCACGUCACAGACCACAUACUCCAAGACACGAUCCUUCACAGCCACUGCAAACAGAUCCUAGUGCCUUUUCCCCCUCAGAGCAGUGCCAGUGCAGAUGAACAGAAAGUCUUUGGCUUAUGGGAGAGUGGUGAAACAUUUGAUAAGCAUCGCCAAGUCCUGUUCGAGAUCUUUAUGAAGAACUAUCGCGUAAGGAGAAACGUUAUUCAGAUGCGGCUCAACCAGGAGCUCGGCGACGCCGUCACCAAGGCCGACGUGGACCGGCUGCUCAAGGAAUGCUGCGCCAGCCUGGGAGGAAUGUGGUAUCUAAAGGGCACAGUCCAGACAUGACAGUAGGGGGAGGAGCCUUUAGGGAUCCUGUCAAUCAGAAAUUAUUAAAUAAAAAAAAUUUCUGUUUUACUCUGAAAAAUGGAGUCAACAUAGAAAUCAAAAGUCACUGCCCCCCCCUGGCUGGAGAAGACUUUGCUUCGGAGGACCACAAGGAGGGGUCCCCCUGCUGCUCCAGGACAUUGUUUUUGUUUACCGUCACAGACACGUAGCUGAGCGUAGCCAAAAUCCGAGCUUAGAGACCUCACCAUUUCAUCCAAAAGGGCUUGAGAUCCAGUGGAUCCUACAUAUAGUUUAUUUCAAAUAAAAGAAUGGAAGGAAAGAGAUGUAUAUGCAAAGCUAAGUUUGAAUAUUUGUGUUUUUCCUCUGAGUCACGCUUUUCUUAUCCUGCAUUUACUCCAGCAUUGCUAAUAAAGAAGACUGGAUGGUAA